AUGGACGUGUCCCCCGAUGGGACUAAGUUUUGGACGCCUUUGUGUGAUGCGGCGGUUAGGCCUUUUGAGGGGCAGACUUUUCCUUCUCUCGCUCAUGGUAUUGAUUUUUAUCGUCAGUAUGCGUCGCUCGUUGGUUUUGAUGUACGUUGUAGUUCGUUGCGUAGGAAUAGGGAGGGUGUUGCUGUGAAAGACGUGUUGGUUUGUUCGCGUGAGGGGUUCAAGCAGGCGGUGCAGGGCUCUGUUGUUGUGGAUGCUGCGUUGGAUCAAGCACCUGUGGCUCCGAAGCGCCGGCGUGUUUCAAAUAGGGUGGGGUGCAGAGCGAGGUUGGUGUUGAAGAUGCGUGACGAUGGGGUUUUUGUGGUUCAUUUCAUUGAGCUACGGCAUAAUCAUUGUUUCUGCUCGGAUGUGGCUAAGCCUUUCUUGCGGGGUAAUCGUUCCAUGGAUGUGCAACAUCAGAUUUUUGUGCUUAAGUGUGCUAGGGCCAACGUUGGGCCCAAUAGGUCGUUUCGUUUGGCUAGGGAGUUUGCUGGGUCGUAUUCAAAUGUUGGUGCGACAUGUGUCGAUUUUAAAAAUUUGAAGCGUGAUUUAAUGGCAUUUAUUGGAACUUCAGAUGCUCAUAUUGUUGUGAAAAAAUAUGCUAAGAAGGUAGAUGAUUGCCCGGAUUAUGUCUUUAGAUAUGAUGUAGAUUCUCAGGAUCAGUUAUGUAGGGCUUUUUGGACUGACCCUAUUGCGAAGGAAAAUUUUUCAGCUUUUGGAGAGGUGGUGUCGUUUGAUGUAACUUAUGGGACUAAUAGGUAUGGUAUGGUAUUGGUCCCGUUUACUGGUGUUGAUAAUCACAAGAGAGGUGUCACAUUUGCAAUGGGGUUGAUUUCCCGUGAAGAUGUGGACUCUUACGUGUGGCUUCUCCAGCAAUUUAAAAGUGCAAUGGGUUGUGUGCCUAGUUGCACUAUCACUGAUCAAGAUCCUUCGAUGCGGGUUGCAGUCCCUCAGGUGUUUGAUACUACGCGGCACAGGUUUUGUAUGUGGCAUAUUAUGUCAAAGGUUGGCGAGAAGGUUGGUAAUGUUCUAUCUAAAGAUGAGGAGUUUCGGCGCGCGUUGAAUGAUGUUGUUUGGUGUGAGACGUCGUCCGUGGAGGAGUUUGAGCGGGGUUGGCAGGACGUUAUGGAAAAGUAUAGCCUUGGUGACCACCGAUGGUUUCGUCUUAUGUAUGAUCUGAGAUCGUAUUGGAUCCAUGCGUAUUUUAAUGAUAUUUUCAUGGGUGGAUUGCUUCGCACGACAUCGAGGUCCGAAGCUGCGAAUAGUGUGUUUGGUAGUUGCACAAACCAGCAUGCUAGUUUGUCUGAGUUGUUCAACAAUUUUGAAGGGGCUAUUGAUGCUCAACGUUUGGCGCAGGCCAAACUAAAUGCCGAGUGUGAGGGCCAUUUUCCUUUGUGCCAGACUCCGAUGUUGAUUGAGAAGCAUGCGGCUGCGGUGUACACUAUUAAUGUUUUUUAUGAUGUGCAAGCUGAGGUUAUCGCGGGAUCUUUUUCGUGUCGUGCUGUGCGUUCAAAUGUUGAAGGGCUGGUAACCCGGUAUGAGGUUGAAGAUGAUGAUGGCCUGGUGCGCACCGUGAGUUUUGACUCUGGUAAUGAUGGUGUUGAGUGCACGUGUAACAUGUUUUCACGGGUUGGGUUACUUUGUCGUCAUAUUUUCUGGGUUUUCAAGGAUCGUAGGGUUGUUUCUAUCCCUUCUCGGUAUGUGAUCGCACGUUGGACAAGGGGGGCUUGUGUGCGACAGGUGUUGGGUGUUCAACGUGGGGGCGAUUCGGAGGUAGAUGUCGCAAUUGGUGAAGCUUGGGCAGAAUUUUUUUCGUGCGUGACCAUGGCUUCACGGAGUGUUGAUCAUGUUACCAAGUUGAAUGCAGCCCUAAAAGAUUUCAAUGCUUUUUUAUUGGCUGAGAAUGGUCCUACCGUUCGUGCUUCUUCUUCUAAGAAGCAACUUUUUGAAUCGUUUUGCGGUGCUUCGCCAGAUGGUCAAGUUAAUGUUCGUCCUCCUCCAAUCUCUAAUAACAAGGGUGGUGGCAAACGUUACAAAAGUACAAGGGAAUUAGCUAUUGAAAAGUCGGGGCGUCGACAACGCCAAUGUCAAACUUGUGAAAAGUAUGGGCAUAAUAGUCGUACCUGCCCGAUGCGCAAAGUUGACGUAUGA